CCCCUGGGGACAUGUACCUGCUGGACGGCAGCGGCGAGCCCGCGUCGCCGCCCGCGGACGCGAUGCCGCGCGGGACGCCCCCCAGGAAGACCGUCUACCGCAUCUCGGUGACCAUGGUCAGGAAGGAGCAGCUGGCCGCUCCUGUUCCGCGCCCCGCUCGGCGGCCCCGGCCCGCACGUUCUCCGGACGCGCCCGGGCGGCUGGAAGAGGAGGCCGAGGAGGCGGCGGCUGAGGAUCCUGAGGCCGGGCCGCGCGCCUGGGACUUCCGCGCUUUCCGCACACGCAGCACCGGGCAGCUGGAGCUCGGGCGGCUGCGGCCAUGCACACGCGGCGCGGAGCCCGCGGACCUGAUGGGAAGCCCCUCGGCCGAGGGACCCAGCAGCCCCGAUGGGGAGGAGGCUCGGGCCGCGCCCCUGCGGCGGAGCCUCAGCUUCAGGCACUGGAGCGAGCCCGAGGCGCCGCGGAGCCCUGCGCUGAGCGGCGGGAGGCGCCACAGCAGCUCCGGGAGCCUGGCAUGGGCGCCUGACGACGAGGUCGAGGCGGAGGCCGUCCCGGAGCCGGUGGCCGGAGCGCAGCCCGCGACGGAGAAGCGCAACACCUUGGAUGUAGGCGAGGUGCUCAGCAAGAACGAUGCGCUCUCGGACCUGGAGCGCUGGGAGCGCAGCAAGAGCAAGAACCGCACGCUGGACAACAGCGACCUGCAGCGGCUAGAGCGGGCGCGGGCCGCGGCCGCUGGCCCUGGGGCAGCCUCGGAGCACCGGCUGCUGCGCUUCUUCAGCGGCAUCUUCGCGCGCAGGGAUGGCGGGCCCUCACCCCGCAGCGGUGCCCUGCGCUCCCGCGGUUACUUCAGCCUGCGGAGGGCCCCGGCCGACACACACUCGUCCAGCGCAGAGAGCAUCGAGGGGUCUCCGCGCAGAGAUGCUUUCGUGAACAGCCAGGAAUGGACACUCAGCCGAUCUGUACCGGAGCUCAAAGUGGGAAUUGUGGGUAACUUGGCCAGUGGCAAGUCUGCACUGGUGCACCGGUACCUGACUGGCACAUACGUGCAGGAGGAGUCUCCAGAAGAUAUGGACGCAGGUGGCAGGUUCAAGAAGGAGAUUGUGGUUGAUGGCCAGAGUUAUCUGCUGCUGAUUAGGGAUGAAGGGGGCCCCCCUGAGGCACAGUUUGCCAUGUGGGUGGAUGCGGUCAUUUUUGUCUUCAGCUUGGAGGAUGAGAUCAGUUUCCAGACUGUCUACCAUUACUACAGCCGAAUGGCCAACUACAGGAACACCAGCGAGAUCCCACUCGUGCUGGUGGGGACCCAGGAUGCCAUAAGUUCCACCAACCCGAGGGUCAUCGAUGACGCCAGGGCGCGGAAGCUCUCUAAUGACCUGAAGCGGUGCACGUACUACGAGACGUGCGCCACCUAUGGGCUCAACGUGGAGCGGGUCUUCCAGGACGUUGCCCAGAAGAUUGUCGCCACGAGGAAGAAGCAGCAGCUGUCCAUAGGCCCCUGCAAGUCCUUACCCAACUCUCCAAGCCACUCCUCGGUGUGCUCCGCCCAGGUGUCAGCCGUGCACAUCAGCCAGACAAGCAACGGAGGCGGGAGUUUAAGUGACUACUCCUCCUCCGUCCCCUCGACCCCGAGCACCAGCCAGAAGGAGCUUCGGAUCGAUGUCCCCCCCACUGCCAACACCCCAACGCCUGUCCGGAAGCAGUCGAAGCGCAGGUCCAACCUCUUCACGUCUAGGAAAGGGAGCGACCCAGACAAAGAGAAGAAAGGCCUGGAGAGCCGCGCGGACAGCAUCGGGAGCGGGCGAGCCAUCCCAAUUAAACAGGGCAUGCUGCUGAAGCGAAGUGGCAAGUCGCUGAACAAAGAGUGGAAAAAGAAGUACGUCACCCUGUGCGACAACGGCGUGCUGACCUACCACCCCAGUUUACAUGAUUACAUGCAGAAUGUCCACGGCAAAGAGAUUGACCUCCUGAGAACCACUGUGAAAGUGCCAGGGAAGAGGCCGCCCCGAGCCACGUCAGCCUGUGCACCUAUCUCCAGUCCCAAAACCAAUGGCCUGUCCAAGGACAUGAGCAGUUUACACAUCUCACCAAAUUCAGGGAAUGUCACUAGUGCGUCUGGGUCUCAGAUGGCAAGCGGCAUCAGCCUGGUCUCCUUCAACAGCCGGCCCGACAGCAUGCACCAACGCUCCUACUCAGUCUCCAGUGCCGACCAGUGGAGUGACGCUACCGUCAUUGCAAACUCCGCCAUCAGCAGUGACACGGGGCUGGGUGACUCGGUGUGUUCCAGCCCAAGUAUCUCCAGCAGCACCAGCCCCAAGCUCGACCCGCCCCCGUCCCCCCACGCCAACAGAAAGAAACACCGGAGGAAGAAAAGUACCAGCAACUUCAAGGCUGACGGGCUCUCGGGCGCAGCUGAAGCCAAACGCAAAGCAUGGAAACUAAACCGUGUUGGUAGCCUGCGCAACAUAUACAGCAGCAGCAGCACCAACACCGAAGAGCAAGAAGAAAACUUUGAGUUUAUCAUUGUGUCCCUCACUGGCCAGACGUGGCACUUUGAAGCUACCACGUACGAGGAGCGAGACGCGUGGGUCCAAGCCAUCGAGAGCCAGAUCCUAGCCAGCCUGCAGUCCUGCGAGAGCAGCAAGAAUAAGUCCCGACUAACCAGCCAGAGCGAGGCCAUGGCACUGCAGUCCAUCCGGAACAUGAGAGGGAACUCCCACUGUGUGGACUGUGACGCCCAAAACCCUAACUGGGCCAGUUUGAACUUGGGAGCCCUCAUGUGCAUCGAGUGCUCAGGGAUCCACCGGAAUCUUGGCACCCACCUCUCUCGGGUCCGAUCUCUAGAUCUUGAUGACUGGCCCAUGGAAUUGAUCAAGGUGAUGUCGUCCAUCGGGAAUGAGUUGGCCAACAGCGUGUGGGAAGAGAGCAGCCAGGGACGGACAAAACCCUCAUUGGACUCCACAAGGGAAGAAAAGGAGCGAUGGAUCCGGGCCAAGUAUGAACAGAAACUCUUCCUGGCCCCCCUGCCAUGUACCGAGUUCUCCCUGGGCCAGCAGCUGCUGCGGGCCACUGCGGAGGAAGACCUGCGGGCCGUCAUCCUGCUCCUGGCCCACGGCUCCCGGGAUGAGGUGAAUGAGACCUGUGGGGAAGGAGACGGCCGCACGGCACUGCACCUGGCCUGCCGCAAGGGCAGCGUGGUCCUGGCUCAGCUGCUAAUCUGGUACGGGGUGGACGUCAUGGCUCGCGACGCCCACGGGAACACGGCACUGGCCUAUGCCCGGCAGGCCUCCAGCCAGGAGUGCAUCGACGUGCUGCUCCAGUACGGCUGCCCGGAUGAGCGCUUCGUGCUCAUGGCUACCCCCAACCUGUCCCGGAAGAACAACAGCAGGAACAACAGUGGUGGGAGGGCGCCCAGCAUCAUCUGAGCUCAGCCAGCCCCGCACCUGGGGGCCCGCGCCCGCCCACCCGCCCGCUCCAGACCGCUCCGGACCGCUCCGGACUUCUCCGGACCGACGGUCGGCACAGCACGUGAGUCCCUCAGUCCCCUUCCUCCUCCUGGUGGUCACCUCCACCCACCUGCCACUCACACACCCCACCUGAAGUCUCCAAACCCGGACAUCCUCAAGGGGAGAAGAGGAGGCUGGAGGCCACAGCACGGAACCCUUUCCCCACACUCCGGAAGCAGCGCAGGAGGGACCACAGCCUCGCGGCUCUGAGGAUAGCACACGACGGGGGACCCCUGUUCCGGUGACCGGGAGCACAGGGCGAGGGGUAGCAAGGAGAAGGGGCAGCUUCCCCUAACUGGCAGUUAAGCACAUCAGUACAUUUCACCUCGACCAAAAGGAGGCUUGGCUUUCACGUCUUCUCUGGGGAGCUUGACGGCAUAAAUCCGAAGCAAGCACAGUUUGUCAGGUCUGAAGCUCCUAUGAUGGUAGGUGUCAAAUCAGUUGUAGCUAAUCUGUCCAGGGAGAAUACUGGCUUCAUUACACUCGUACAGUCGGGUUCCUCCAGCAUUACCGCUGUUUAAUAGAACGUGAUUAGUCAUCACCGGGAAGAAGGCAUAUUAGCCGAGGAGGUAGUUACACGGCACGCUCCGGUGAUUGCCACGAUGUGAUUGCAGUGCGCUUAGAAGCAUCAUAUUAUCCCAGACAUGUCUCUCCAGCCCUUGGAGCCCUCCUUUCUAAAUUCACUGUCAUAAUUUAGUAUCUGUUUAAUUUUUCAGCCCAAAGAGAGGAAAUCAGUUGCCGGGUAUUAUUUGACUGCAAUCCUCCUCCCUUGGUGCAAAAACAAAAUGGAAAAAAUAAAUAAAUAAAUAAGAAUAACUUGGAAAUUCAAAAAGAAAUCAUGAAUCCAGCUGAAAAUAGCUUCUCAAGUAUGCUCCAAAACUAAGUAAAUAUAGAAAAUGCUAUUUUUUUCCCCUAAGAGAGAUUUUCUGUCCUUUGACCACAAUGGAUAUGUCAGGCCUCAGUCACUCCCGAUCCACAAGGUCUGAGUUACCCGCGUUUCUGUCGUAGAGAAGAUGUGUGAAAAUCUAUUUGAAUAAAAGAAGUUCAUAAAUAUGCAUUGAUUUUUGUGCAGACAAAUAGCACCUCUGUUAAUUUAUAAAUUGAGCUGGAUGGGAACUAAUAAUGUGCAACUAGUUGAGAUCAGAGGGUUACAGAUCAUUGUGCAUGGGAAGUGCCCCCCAGCAGUAAACACUUCCAUUAAUGUGAUAAACAGCUUUUUAAAAGGUGCAUAUCAGAAUAAAAUGGGGUACAAUUUGCUUAUUAACAUCAGGAAGGGAAGGGGGGAGGGGAAGGAGCAUCUGAGUCCUCAUCCCAAAGCCAGGAUGUAGAGCCGAGACCACUCUUCCCAAGCAAAAGCGAGGGGCUGUGGCAAGAAGGGGUGAUUUGGGGAACACCAGCCCCCUAAAGGCACCCUGUGCGUGGCUGCUGACCGCUCUGGUGCAGCCGGCUCCUGGGAGCCUGUGGACUCGACGGGUCCACCCCGUCUGUUUCUAACAGGAUGACUGGUUUGCCAUCGUGGGCCACCUUCAGCAUGGUGGUCAAGAACACCAAACCAUGACACUAUUUAGUUUAAAAAAAAUGAGGGGGCAGCCUUGCCAGAGAGCCCUCGUGGCAGCGUGGCGGGGAGAAGGCCAGCACACUGGGGGACAGGACACUGGGCAGAGCCACCCCUGGUACCUGUGGAGAGGCUCCUUGCUCUCAUAUACUGAACUUUAUAUUUUGUAAGAGUUUUUCCUCUUCUUUCACUUUUUAAAAAAAAAAAAUUAAGUAGAUGGGAACAGAAGUAAAGCCUUGCACAGCAUUUCUCUGUGGGUAAGUGUCUUGUGGAGACCUCCAGUCUCAACACAGCUGGAACUGACCGGUGUCCAAAAACACGUCACAGGUGCAAAAGCCACAGGUCUGAGACUCCUGAGCUCAGUGCCACAGCCCUCCAUUUGGUUUUUCAUCCUGCUCUCCACCACUGUGUUGUUACUCCAAAUGUGAAUAGAGAAAACAAGCUGUCAUUGCCUAUUUUUGAAGAAUGCAUUAGCAUCCGACCCUGCAGUCCGCAUUCGCCUCCACGUAGCCUUGACCAUAGACGUGUGUAGAGAACACAGCUAGAGCUUAAAUGAGAUUCUUAAAUUAUUUCAGUGUAGUUGAUUCCCACUAUGGGAGUGCUUUUAUCACGGGGAGCACUGCAGGAAGGAAGGACGUGGGACCCUUCCUCCAGCUUCUCUUGGGGUGUAUAUGAGUGUGUACAUAUUCUUAUGUGUUUAUAAUAUGAUAUUUUCCCGAAUGACUCCUUGUUCCACAUCGCCCUCCACUGCCUGAAUGCUCAGUUGCUCGCUCUGCUCCCCUCCCUCCCUGCCUCCCUCCCUCCUUCCCUCAGUCACUCCGACAUCAUCAGCUCUUCCUCAGAACACGGCCCCUGCCCUGCAGUGUGAGCUGGGCUGGCCUGUCCAGGAGGCAGCCCACUUCUCCUAAGCCUGAGUCUUGACAACAGAGAAUGGUGAGAGGGGCCUCUAGAGCUUUCUGUGCAGAUAAAGGAGAGAGGCGGCCUAGCCUGCGCCUCUGUUUCCCCUCCGGAUCCGAGUCCUUCCCUCGAUAGAGCUUCUUGCUCUCAUUUUCCAGCUGACACCAAGGCAGAGGUCACACAAGGAUGAGGGGUGUGGGGAAGGGAGUUGGGUUUUUUGUGGAAAACUCCGCCACGCUCAGCGCUUCCGUCAGCGUGAGACACUUUUUAAGGAGCGUGUCAGAAGAAGGUGGUCCGGUGGACUUACUAAAAUCAAGACAGGAAGUGGGACAAGUCAGAGAAGCAGGUUUAGGGGGAAGGAGCAUGGGAACGCUCCUUCCGGAUGCAGUGUUAGAACUGAGACCCCUUCUCCGCCAGGAGCGAGGGCCUCUGGGAAGAGAGAUGUGAGAAGCCCCUGCAAACCAUGCAAGCUUUUGUGCUCCAGGCGAAUUUCCUCUCUUGUUGAGACGUAGUCAGCUGGGGGCCGACAGCAAACGGGCCUGCGACUUGUCCAUCACCUGUCCUGGGGAGGUGGUCUAGCCUGAGGCUACCUCUGCUGAACUCCUGAUGUCCCUCCCCAGGCCUGUGGACCGUAUCGGGAGGAAAGUGAAGCCCUUCUUUCUCUCCCCACUUCUGAGGAAGCCCCCCCCAAUUUGUCUUGCUUUACAGAGAAGAGCUGAGCACCGCUCUCCUACCAUCCCCAAGUGUCACUCAAGCCUGAAAUGAGCCUCCUGUCCUCCAGCCUUGUCCCUCUGCUGUUGGCUCAUCAAAUCUCCUCCCUGCAGCUCCCACGAGGCUGCUGGGACGCGCGUGUGCACACACACACACACUGUCGGUGCGCUGUUCCCAUUAACUUUGAGGAUCAUAGCACCUCGGGCCCUGGGCUUCACUGCCCCAACUGUCCCCAGAAGAGCAUGGUCGGAGGGCUCUGUGGCAUCCUCCUGCUCUGUCGAGCCCCACAGUGAGUCUGUGUCUGAACCUGGUGGGCCAGGAACCUCCUGGCCCCGAGCCUGAGCCGUGCUCUUAGUUGCCGAGGUGGCCACCAUCCUUCCCUGUAUUUAGGCUAUUUGAUGGCUGAGAUGGGCAAUCUCCAUCGCUCCUGGGGACCCUACAGCACCACAGCGAGGAGGAGGAGGAGGAGGAGGAGGAGGAGGCUGCUUGUGAUCAGGGCCUCCAAGCUGCCAGGAGCCUGAGGUUUUUGAGAGGCAAGCCCAUGCCUUUUGGUGGGCUCUCCUUAGCUCUUCCGUCUCCAUCGGUCACACCCUACAAGGUCCCUGAGGCUUUGCCAGAACCGCGUCAGGGUUGUAUUUAUGGCUUUGAAGCAAACAAAUUGAAAAGCAGUCAGGGAAGGGAUUUACAGAAAUGUGACACCGAUGAACAUCCUUCCUUAAAAAAAAAAAAAACCAAAACAGUUUAUCCCCCACUGCUUCUGUUGGGAAGGCACAGCUGGAGAUGAUUCCACUCCUGUCAUUCACCGGAAGCUGUCAGGGCCACUGGUAUCCCGUGCGACCUUCUCUUCCAUUGUAUCUCUUGGAAUCUAAAUGGCCCCACCCCUGCCAGGCCUGGCUGGCACACAGCGGACCGACGGACGGACGGACGGACGGACGGACGGACGGGAGAACCACGUGAUCUAGCUGUUUGUGUCUGGCCUGUUUGGGGGCCUUCUCUUUAAAGCGCUGAGGUAGCUGGGUUUGGGGCCAAAGUGUAACAUUCCUCCUUGAGGGGAGAGAAAGGGAGGGAGGGGGAAGGGCCCAGCUGCUCUCUGCAGCCCAGGUCCUCAGGCUUUCAUUCCCACCCCUGGAACAUCUGUAAGAGAAGCCAGCACCCAAAGUCAGGGCUUAUCCUCAGGAGGAAAGAAACCGCCGGCCAUCUGGGGCCUUAGUGUUUGAGGACACAAAGUCUCUCCCUGCUCAGAAGUCCUGGCCUGAUGGGGCUUCUUCAGAUGCUAAGAUUUCUCGAGUUUCUGUGCCUGCUGCUCUUUAGACAUUGGUUUGCACCCUGAGUCAGAGUUGAGGAGAGAGAACGUUUCAUCGUAGAAGAUUCUAAACAGCCAACAAAGCUUACAUCCUUCGGUUUUAGCAGACCCAGGUCAGGUGUGUGCCAUCCACCCGGUGACCCCCUGCCCCAGGCAAUGCGCAGGGAGGCCUGUGGAGAAGCUGCCCCCUUCCCCUCACCCCAAGAGGCCAGUUUUCCUGUAGAAGAGCAGUCUUUAGUUUGGGGUUUGCUCCUGUCUGGUGAAGGCGUUCUGAACUGAGGCCUCUUCCGUAGUGAGCCUCGGGUGGGUGUGGCACCCAGCACAGGCUGCCGCUUUGGGUCCAAGCAAGUGGCCUUGGUGAGUGAGAGAGGUCGGCUCAGGGCUUGUCUUUAUUUUGCUGGGCGCAUGGCAUCUGCAGGGGACCCCCUGGGGGUCAUGAAUCAAGCCAUAGGAUGGACUCUCCUGCCAUAGGGGAGGACUGAUCUGGAAUUCUGUGUGCAGGGAAUUACAUAGCCUUUGUCUUGUUGUGGGUGAGAUGAAGGAACCAAGAGGUGUGAGUGGGUGGGGGGGUGGGAUUAGGCCCAGAGGAGAGUCCCUUGGCACGCUGCUGCUAGGAACCCUAGGAACCCAUCCUAGGAUCACAUUGUACCCCAAUGUCCAGGUUCAGGACUGUAGCCACAGGAGCCCAAAUAUUCGUGUGGUUGUUAGAGAGGUCUCUCAAAUGCCUGCAAAAAGACACACUUAGCAAACUGCUGGGUGGGUCGUGUGGACUAAUGGAGGGCGUUGAGGAGAAAGACCUAUGUAGCCCAGAACAGAACUGUAAAUAGCCCUCUAUCCAUAGCUGAGGGGCUGGCAAGACACCGGACCCACCUGCCUCUUCAGGAUGGGCAGAGAAAGGGCCAGGGGUGCUGUGCAGUCCAAAUGUGGCUUCCGGUUCCUGCUCUGGCACGCACAUUUUGCUCACCUACCAGGUCCUGAAGUUUUCUUACCCGGGUGGUACUGAGGGUACCCAGGGCAGCUGAGGGGAGACCUGGCUUUUGUGUGACAGGCAGACAAAAGAUACCUUCAAAACGUCCCUGUGACCAGAAAAGAAAGACAUCUGCACCUUCCUAUUGAAAAGAACCCUCCUCUUAUACCUAAAAACCAUCCCUUCCCUUCCCCACAUUGUGGGGUUUUUUGUUUGGUGUUUUGUUUUGUUUUUUGGGGGGGGUGAUAGUUUUCUUCUAAAAUGUAUCAGUUCUCAAGAUGAGAACUGGUCCUCCAGCCCUGAGAACUGGAAGGGUGUUGAGCUCCAGGAAGGCACAGGAGUGGCUGGCCCCGACAGUGGCCUGAGGCUGGACCUGCAGAGGACAGAGUCCCCAGCAUCCUCUCUUGCCCUCUUCCCAUCCUUUCCCCCAGGUCCCCCGAGUCCUCAUCUUGCCACAGGAGCAUCUUUGCAAAGAGAAAACCCAGGGCAAGGCAGGGUACCGAUGGCACAUUUCUGGGUGGGAACAAAGAAGGCCACCUCACCUGCCUAGACCCAUCUAGAAGGCUGAAGCACAGUGGGGCUUCUCCGAAGGGGGGGGGUCCGUCUGGGGCAUUUUGAUAUUACCUCAUUCCAUAACUCCAUGUUUCCAAUGACCGAUGGCUUUAUUUAUGCUGUUUGUCCUGUAAUUAAACCAUCCACAGACAUCCACUCCGCUCGUCUGUUCAUGCGACCUUGUUCGGGUUCAAUCUGCUGGUUUGGAUUUUCUUGCCUUGGGAUUUUGUGUCAGCUGUACAGUAUUCUAAGGGGAAAAGCAAAGGAAAAGUGUGUAAAGUAACGGAGAGAGGUGGUUAUAGUGUAGAGACCUCUUUCUAAUAAAGAAAUGAAAAUAUGUA